AGGCAUAGCUCUCAGCAAGUCUCAUUUCCGAAUGUCGUUUUUGAAUAAUGAUUUCGGCAGUCCGCCGGCAACCAGUUCACCGCCGACUACUAUGCCUAAAUUACCGACGAUUCAAGAUAUGCUUAACAAUAUUGGUGCAUCCACAGUAAACCUAAUGCAGCCGAACCCCUACCUGAUGCAAAACCAGAUUCCUCUGCCAGUCCCCAACCUACCCUUGAACCCAUUCCUCCAUCUGAACCCUGCAAUCAGUCAAGAAAUAAUUCAACAAUUCAUCGCGAUGAGCUUUAACACACCAAAUGUAUUAGCUAGUAUCGCCAACAUGGGAGAUGAUGAAGGACCUUCCUGCAAUCCAAAAAUGCGACGAGGUGAUCUGCUGAAGAGUGUUUCAAUGGAUAGUACAGAGGAUCCACCAUCCAUAACACUUGAUAACAAUGGAGACAUGAUUGUUCCAAAUAAUGAUAAAGAAGGUUGGUGUCGCAACAAGAAGUAUAUCGAACAGACGGAGAACGGUUACAUGUGUACUGUUUGUCGAAAGGUUUAUGGUAGAUACAACUCGGUGUCUUACCACGUUACCAUCUACCAUAGGAAUCCUCCAAUCAAAUGCAACGUUCCCAACUGUCAGUUCACAACUCGCGAGGCUCGAUACAUUCAUUUCCACAAGAACUAUCGGCACGGAAUUCCACUUCCAGAGAGUAUCGACCAAGGUUCUCGAAAAUGUCCGCACUGUCGUCACGUGUCAAAGAGUCCGGCGAUGCUCGAGAAACAUAUCAGGAGGCAUCAAAUCAAAGAUGGCUUAUCAAAUAUCAAUGAAGCAAUUCGUGAAAGAACCUCUACAAUUUGUGAUGAAGCCAUGGAAAUCGAGCCGGCUGAAACCGAAGUUGACCCGAUAGAAACCAAGCCACGAUCCUGUACUUUGUAAUUUAAAUUUCCCACCAAAAAAUGUUUGAUUGUACAUAUCACAUCGCUAUAUGUAUAUACUAGUGUGAAGGCAUUUUCUCUUUAAAAAAUUUACUUUUGGUAUUUCAUUGUUGAACUUGAUUGCUUGUUGUCCACGUCAUUUCUGCUGUCUCCAAAUAUUUUCACCCUU